AUGAAUUUCAUCAAGAAUUUAUUUGUAAGGCAAAAGCAGCAAUAAAAUGAACCUCUCUUCUUUGACCCAUUUGUCGAAAAGAUCGACUAAUUUGAAAGAUAAGUAAGUAUCAUAUCAGAUGGAAUUACACUAACACAAUACCCAUUAGAAAUCAUUUAACUUAUAAGGUUAAAUAUUGAAUAACUAAAAAAAUAACUAAAAGAGACUAAAGUUUAUGUAAUAUCAUCCUCAUGAUUUUUAGAUUGUUUUUUUAGGUACAACAUCUGCAGGUAAAAGUACCUUCAUCAAUUCACUUUUGGGCCAACAAAUCUUGCCUUCUAGAAAUUAGGAAUGCACUUAAAAUGUGAUAUUUAUCGAAUACAAUGAAAAAAUUAUUAUAAAUGAAAGGUAGAUUAAUAGCUUGGAUCAAGCACAAUAGAUUCUAUUUGAAAUGUAAAAAAGUAAUAAACCUGAAAUUGUGAAUAUCCAAGUCCCAUCUCUAUUUCAUAAUCAGUUCCCUUCUGAUUUGAGGAGUAGGAUAGUAUUUAUUGAUACGUAUAAUUAUUUAUUAUAUAUUUUGAUAGACCUGGGCUCAAAAAGGACGAAUUGUAAUCUCUUAGUGUCCAUUUCUAAAAAAUUGAUGAUAAGGUUGGUCUCUAACAUCGUCUAAAUGUAUGGGUUACCAAUUACACCACAUUUGAUAAUGAUAAAGAAUUAUAAAAUCAGAUGCUUAGCAUUUAUAGACCUUAAGCAUCUUCAGGAAUUAUUAAAAAUAAAAAUUAAAAAGGUAGUUACUUGAAAAGUGUAAUAAUUGAAGAGUUUUAAGGAUUCUAGAAAUAGUCGGAUAUAAUGGCUAGUUCUCGUGAAAUAAUAGAGAGCAAUGAGUCUUUGGAGAGCGUUCGAAAGUUCUAAUCCUAAACACUAUUUUUUAUUCUUAAUAAAUACGAUGAAAGAAAAGUAUCUGAGGAUAAAAAUGUAGAUCUUAUCAUAAAAGAAAUUAGUUAAUUGAUUGGGAGUGAAAUGAAUAUAUUUAAGAUAUCAGCCUUAAGAGCUAUGAGGUAUAGAAUAUUAAAUUACGGAUCUUAAUAAGCUGUUGAUAAAUUUAUGGAAUCUUAUUUCUUAGAUUAUAGGGAUGUUGAGUUAUUUGUGACUUAGAAUGAUUGUAGAAAGUAUUGCAAUGAGAAAAUUAAAAAUAACCCAAACCUCUUAUAAAAUCAAGAUUAUUUGAAGUUUUAGAAUUAACUGGAAUCUAAUAUCAAAUUAUUAAUCAGUGAGGCUUUUUAUGGAGAUAAGUUCCUUUAGAUAAUACAUUGGUUGAUUUUAUUAGAAUUGGCUGUCAGUCCUUAAUAAAUUAAAUUAGAGGAAAAAUAAUAUGAAACUUUGAAAGAAUUAGUCCAUUAAUUCAUAGACAAUCAAAUAUAGAGCUAUAACGAUUGUAUUUCAAAAUUCAAAAAUGAUACUAUAAGUCAAAUCAAAAAGGAUUUGGAUCAUUACAAAUCCUUAUUAUCAUCUGAAGAACCAUAAAUUCUUAUAAUUUCAGCAUGUAAAUAAACGAUGUAAACAAUGAUUGAAUAUGAAUAAAAGAUUAUUUAAUUAAAUGAGGAUAUAAAGAAUGGAUUAAUAUUAAAAUUGUAAUCCAUCUUUCCAUAGCAAUAGAAAAAUCCAUUAUUUCAAAGCUUUUAAAUGGUGGGGCAAAGAGAUGUGUCUAUUGUUGAAGGGUGUAUAUAGUUAUUUGAAUUGGUGAAUGAUAAUAAUAUGAAUGAAAUUUAGAAACAUAGCUUUUAAUAAUAUGCUGAUAAUGUACAAAAAACAAUGGGAGUGAGAAUCAAUCCAAUAUAGUCUUCAGUAGGAAUUAUAUCUACUGGACUAUCUAUUGCAGCCUACUUAGGAAAGAGAUUUGCACUUCAAACUUUGAGAUGUUCUCCAAUCUUUGCCGCAAUAGGUAUAGGAUUGAUGUCGUUCGACUUAUCAUUUAUGUUUGGUAAGUAAUGGUAUUCAACAAACAUAAUUAAUGUUUAAUUACAGGUAUAUAUAUAUAUAUAUCAAUAAAUAGCAAUGGGAAUCUACUUUGAUUUAAUCAGUUGAGGAUUAAGAGAAAAAUUAUAGUCGAGUAAACAAGCAAACUUUUCACUGUGUCCGAAGUAUCUUAAGUUGUUUGAUGUAAUGA